UUUCUGGCUGCAGGUAUGAAAGAAAUAUCUUAUUCAUUUUUAAUAACCUGGAUCUGUUUUCAGAAUGAAGUGAAUGCGAUCAAAUGGGAUCCAACGGGGAAUCUGCUUGCAUCUUGUUCUGAUGACAUGACCUUAAAGAUCUGGAGCAUGAAGCAAGAUGCAUGUGUUCAUGAUUUACAAGCGCACAACAAGGAAAUCUAUACUAUUAAGUGGAGUCCAACAGGACCUGGUACUAACAAUCCAACUGCCAAUCUUAUGUUAGCAAGUGCUUCAUUUGAUUCCACUGUACGGUUAUGGGAUGUGGACCGAGGUAUCUGUAUCCAUACUUUGACCAAACACCAGGAACCUGUAUACAGUGUAGCAUUCAGCCCAGAUGGCAGGUACUUAGCUAGUGGCUCCUUUGACAAAUGUGUUCACAUCUGGAACACACAGACAGGUGCUCUUGUCCAUAGCUACAGGGGAACAGGAGGAAUCUUUGAAGUUUGCUGGAAUGCAGCUGGGGAUAAAGUGGGUGCAAGUGCAUCAGAUGGUUCAGUUUGUGUGCUAGACCUGCGGAAAUAGCGUUGCUAGCUGGAAGCCAUGGACCGACAAUGAAUGUGUACAUAGCCAAAAUGACUGUCCCUGCCCCCAUGCACUGCUACAGUCUCACUUGAACCAUGGCCAGUCCACUACAGCCAAAACAAGUCCGAAUACAACCAAGGACAGUUGAGCCCUGAUGUGAAGAGUACCCUGACUGCUUAAUGCUGGAAGCUCCACCCACAAAGAAAAGUUGACUUUUCUUGAAGGUUUAAAACAACUUGGGGAAAAAUAAAGACUUGACAUGAGACCAUAUGUGUACCAAAAUGGGAAGAUAAUAUCAGAGGACAAAAAUAUCUUUUAUUUUUUUGGUCCAGAGUCUAUGUAGAAUGAGUUAUCUUGUCAGCAGUUCAGCAGAUCUGUGUGCAGACAUAUCAGCUUCUUUAAAACAGCAGCAAAUAGUUUGUUCCCUUGUUUUAAACAUUGUUUUUUCACUUUAGUUUACAGUUGCAUGAUGUAGGAGAGUGACUGUAUCUUGUUUAUCUUGUUUUUUUUCCUACUGACACUUAACACGCAAUUAGAAAAAAACUUUUUUAUGGAUACUAUAAGCAAAAUAACAGUGUAUUUGGUAUUUUUUUGGUACAUUUUGUGGCUCACGAAUCAAUAUGUGGGGAAAGAUAAAACUGCUCCAAAAUUUGACAUAAAAUUAGUUUCAAUGUACAUCAGGCAUAGGUAACAAGUUGUGGUUUACAGGUGAUGUGGCUAAAAUGUAGUAGUUUCUUAAUGGGGACAUGAUUCUGCCAAUUUAUGAGAGUUAAACAAAUGGGCACAAAGAAAGAGAAUCGAUGCAGGGAUGCAUCCCAUUGCUUUAAGACCAUAGUUUGCGUAUGGUUGGAUUGUGCACUAUUGACAGAGCAGCUUAUAGAAUUUUGAAGAUAAAUUUUCUGGACAGAGGAUUAUUGCUGUUAUUCUACUUAUGCUUUGGUAGAACUAACUAAAGCAUAAUUUUCAUAGCAAGAUUCCAGUAUUAAGGACGCAAGUCCACUAAGCAAUGUUUUUAAAAACCUAUCCAGUGCAAUGAGAUAAACCUCCUUUCCCCCUCCCUCUGCCAUUGGGCAGAAAUCAUGCAGGCAUAUGUUUUAUGUUAAUGCUAGGGUAAGGGUUGACUUUGCUUUUAUUUUCUUUCCUUGGUGCUCAUGUAUUACACAUGGGUUCAUCUUGGCUCAGCCCUCAUAUGUACUUGCACUUGCUGUAUUGUUCAGUAAAGUACAGGUAGUAUAAUUGCAAUAGCUUUUUUUAGAAUAAAAGUAUAUUCUAUAAAGUAUAGCAUAUCUGAGCUUUAAAACCUCAGGGGACCCUUCUUCAGAUGAUGAAGUGGUUAAACAAAUAUUUCUGCUACAAGACACUCGAUUACUUUUUCACACGAAGAAAAGACGUUUGAGGUUUCAAAUCCUUGGAUUUAAUGCAUUAUAAAAUCUUAGACUAACAAAGGUAUUCUUCUAUUUCCCAUGCCCCAUGCAGCAACAGAUCAAUGAAAAUGAGCUUCCUGUUGCAAAAGCUUUAAUCCAAUAUUUCAAACUUGAUCUGUUUUCCAACUCAUUAAAAAUGCAAGGCCAGUUGUUUUUUUUUGACGAAGAAGACAUUCUGCACAGAGGUUAGAUUUUUUUGGUCUUUGGAGAAAAAUCUGUUAAUCACAUUUGGAACUGAUCAUAGGUAACAUGGUGUAAUCAAAUAGCUGCUAUAUAUAAUCUGCAAUGUCUGCAUCACUCACGUUGAGCAAAAGGUUGAAUGGCUCCUAGACUUUUAUUAUGGGCCGUUUGUCAAAUGUAGAUAAAUGAUUAGGCAGCUUUACCACAUGUAAAAGAAAUCCCAUUAUUUCCCAGCCCUUCUGUUGUUUUGUACUAAGGUGAUGAAUGAGACUGGUUUUAUCAUUCUUUUGAGUUCUGCUGUUUGCAAAUCUGUUACAGUCCAAGUUAAAAAUCCUUGCAUUCUUCUCAUUAAAAAUAAUGCAUAAUGCAUCUUAUACUUGAUGUUGGCCGAAAGAAUUUAAUGUACCCCUAGUUAGUUUUUAAUCAAACAGUUAAAACCUUUACAGUUAAAUCUUUUUAAAAGAAUAUAUACAUCAGUGGUACAGCAUUUGAGAGUUGACUAAUACUGUGGAUAACAGGCUGGAAGCAUUUUUAAAAAAAGAAUUGAAACCAUGCAAGUAGCUUUCUAUUUGCUGUUUUUGACACUGCUGAAGGUACAUAUGUAAGGACAAUUUUGAUUAAUUUUCAAGUGGAAAAUAUAGAGUUAGAUAAAGGUUGGCAGUCAGACAUGACUAUCCAAAAAUUGAGGCUGAUUAGAACCUCUCACCUGAAGAUGGGAAUUUAUCAUAAUUUUUACAUCAGUCAAAUGUUAUAUGAUAGCGGCACUUUCCAAACAUAGGUUUGUUCUUCUUAUUUGUUCUAAGAAAAUCUGUACUUUAGUGAUCUGAGGAGAUUCCUAUUCAGAUCUGCUAGGACUUUGACAGACCCUAAUCGGCAAAAUUGUCAUUGUUUGACCUACCUAAAGCUAGACAUAUUGCAUACACAACACAUAGCAAAUUCACAAGAAUUUCAAUGCUUCAAAUUUAAAGCUCCACCUCUUAUUCAAACCAAUAUUGAAUGAAUGUGCUGGUAAAACUGUUGCUCAUUUGUUCCGUAACACAUGCUGUUUUAGAAAGGGCUGCAAAUGAAACUUAAUAGUUCAAAGCAAGUGAAGUGUUCAAGUUGGUGAAGACAGCGUUAGACACAUUGUGUUCAAGAAUGACUCGCAUAAAAGGAUGAUUUCAGGGGCUAGCACUACUCCUCUAGCAGUGGAUUUACAUGUCUGCAUCAUUUCUACAGUUCUCUCAAAUUAAGAUUUUAAAAAUUGUGAACCUGUAAACCAGGCCAUGAAAGUUUUUUUCUACUCUUUGAACUCUUUAUCGUUCUGUUUUUAUUUGUACCUGUUAAAAAGACUGAUUUUUGAUGUACCAUACCGUGCUGGACCAUGUAAAUAUCACCUGAUAAUGUAUUUAGGUUUCACAUUACAUUAAUGAUUUUCCUCCCACCCCUUCCCUAAUUCUUCUUCCACCACUUCACCCUAAAACUAUCACCACCGAGGCACAUCUUCUGUUGCAGCUUCCCUUUGCAUUGUAUUGAUCUGACAACCAUAAUUUGCAUCAGAUCUGAAAGAGGUCCAGAAUAAAAUAUAUUUUGAUAUUA